AUGCUCCUCCUGCAUGGGCUGUCGGCGCUAUCCGCCCCCAAACGCGAGUCCGUCUUGGCAGCCAUUCAGAAACAGUGUCCGAUUAUCUUGACCAUCGACGCUGUCUGGAUUCACCUUGUGAAAUGCCCUACUCUCGUCGCGCAAGAAAUCCUCUCCAACCCCCAAUCAGUAGAGCGCCGCGCUCUCGAUCGUCUACUCGCUUAUGGAGAUAGCAUCCAACUACCCAAAACCACAGACCGGAUUCGUGAGGGUCGGAAUGUUGUCAAGGCAACAGACAUUGCUGGGAUAUGCAACCUUAGAAGUGUGGUCGAGCGGUUGGAACGGAGUGUUGCAUUUAGCUUCUGCACCAAGGACGACCAGGAGUUGACCGAUGCGCAUUUGGCCUCAUUUUCGUCACUCAUUCACGACCGUAUGACUCAGGCCAUCCUUCGUUCCCCUCCAGACGACGCAACAUUAUUUGAACACCAUGAUCCCAAACCACUCCACACUGUCGACCUCACAGGGAGCCCAAACCCCAAAUCGACCCUGAUGUCAGCCAACACCGAACUGGGUCUUGCCCUUGCAGCAGACGAAAUGGAUUAUUUGGUUGACGCGUAUACUGGGCAUCGAAAUCCCACCGACGCGGAGCUUUUCAUGUUCGCCCAGGUCAAUUCAGAGCACUGCCGCCACAAAAUUUUCAACGCUGACUGGACCAUCGACGGACAUCGGAUGGAAAAUUCUCUCUUCCAGAUGAUUCGCAACACGGAGAAGCUACUGACCGAAAACAACACCAUUUCUGCCUAUUCGGACAACGCUGCUGUCUUGGAAGGCCACCCAGCUCCUCGUUUCGGCGUUGUCCCUGCUUCUUCCAAUAAUCUCUAUCAGCCUAACGAAGAGGACAUGCCCAUACUCAUCAAAGUCGAAACACACAACCACCCCACUGCCGUCUCACCGUUUCCUGGUGCCGCUACAGGUUCCGGUGGUGAAAUUCGGGAUGAAGGGGCUGUCGGUCGGGGAUCUAAACCCAAAGCCGGUCUAUCUGGCUUCACCGUUUCCAAUCUGCUCAUACCCGACUACGAACAACCUUGGGAGACGGACUUCGGCCGACCCUCACAUAUCGCUUCGGCUCUGGACAUAAUGAUCGACGGUCCACUCGGCGCAAGUGCUUUUAACAAUGAGUUUGGACGGCCUGCGUUGGCUGGCUACUUCCGCACGUUUGCAGAGCGGGUUCCUGGAGGGGAAAUUCGGGGCUACCACAAGCCCAUCAUGAUCGCUGGUGGUUAUGGAAACGUCAGAAGACAGUUUGCGAAGAAGGACCGCAUAACUCCCGGCGCGAAGAUUGUCGUGCUAGGCGGACCAGGUCUACUUAUUGGUUUGGGUGGUGGAGCCGCUUCAAGUCAAGUUUCUGGUGCUGGCUCUGCUGAGCUCGACUUUGCAUCAGUGCAGCGGGAUAACCCCGAAAUGCAACGACGAUGUCAGCAAGUCAUCGAAACAUGUAUUAAUCUCGCUGACGGCAACCCAAUUGAAAGUAUACACGACGUUGGAGCUGGUGGAUUGUCCAAUGCGCUUCCCGAGCUGGUCCACGAUUCCGGCCUCGGUGCGAGGUUCGAGAUUCGUGACGUUUUGGUGGCCGAUUCGUCGAUGUCGCCCAUGGAAAUUUGGUGCAACGAGAGCCAGGAACGUUAUGUUCUUGCUAUUGCAGAGGACAAAGCGGAGAUUUUCACGGCCAUUGCAACUCGUGAACGGUGUCCAUUUUCUAUCGUCGGCGUCGCGACACAAGUGGAAGAACUCGUUGUGACCGAUCGACUUCUGGGGCAGGACGUUAUCAACCUCACAAUGUCAACGUUAUUCGGAAAACCACCUAAAAUGUCGCGCAAGGUGGAUACACUAGUCCCCACUCUCGUUUCGUUCGACCCAUCCCUCGGCACACCCUCAAUCCAAGAGCGGCUUAUUUUGGCUGUUUCAAGGGUGCUCCGCCUUCCGAGCGUAGCUUCAAAAUCAUUUCUUAUCACCAUUGGCGACCGUACGAUAACUGGACUUGUUACGCGCGACCAGAUGGUUGGGCCUUACCAAGUUCCCGUUGCUGAUGUUGCCAUUACGCGUGCUUCGUAUGGCUUUGAUGUUCAAGUUGGAGAAGCUAUGGCAAUGGGUGAGCGGACACCUCUCGCCUUGCUAGACCCAGCUGCUUCUGCUCGCAUGGCUGUGGCCGAGUCCUUAACCAACCUCGCUGCUGCAAAUGUUGGUGAUCUCAGCAAGGUCAAGCUGAGUGCCAAUUGGAUGUGUGCUGCCGGGAAGGAUGGUGAAGGUGCAGGCCUGUAUGCAGCCGUCCGAGCGGUUGGCGUGGAACUCUGUCCCGCUCUCGGGGUGGGCAUUCCUGUUGGCAAGGAUUCAAUGUCCAUGUCGAUGAAAUGGCGGCAGGAUGGCGAGCAGAGGGAGGUCAGCGCUCCGUUGUCGUUGAUUGUGACCGCUUUCGCGGCAGUACAGAACGUCGGCAAAACCUGGACGCCUCAACUUCAAGCGCUGCCAGAUACGGUCCUCGUGUUUCUUGAUCUGGCGAGCGGGAAAAGGAGGUUAGGUGGAUCUGCCCUUGCGCAAGUAUUCAAAGAAAUUGGCAACGAGGCCCCGGAUGUUGACAGUCCCGAUACGCUCAAGGCAUUUUUUGCGGCAAGUCAAAACGCGAGAGACAUUGUUUUGGCCUAUCACGAUCGUUCUGAUGGCGGACUGUUCACAACCGUUGCGGAAAUGGCCUUCGCGGGUCGAGCAGGGGUGAGGCUAUCACUCAAUGAACAAGACCCCGUCGCAACUUUAUUCAACGAGGAACUUGGUGCUGUCGUUCAGGUCAGCAAGACCGACCUGCAGCAGUUUACGGACAUUUUUGUUGGUGCUGGAUUUCCGCCUUCUUCCAUCCAUGUCGUUGGUGAGGUUGUGGUGGAUUCAACCCAACCAUUCAUUAUCGACCAAGGCUCCGAGACAAUCUUCGCCUCAACUCGACAAGACCUCCAACGUAUGUGGGCGGAGACUUCCUUCAAGAUGCAGUCCAUCCGAGAUGAUGCAAAUUCUGCUCAAGAGGAGUUCGAUCUAAUCAAAGACGAUAGUCCCGCUGGUCUCUUUUACGACCUCACCUUUAAAUAUUCUCCCGCUCGAAACUACUUCCGCCGACCUCGAGUUGCCGUAUUGCGUGAGCAGGGUGUCAAUGGGCAUGUAGAGAUGGCCUGGGCUUUCCAUCAGGCCGGCUUCGAUGCUGUGGAUGUGCACAUGAGUGACGUUCUCAGCGGCACUAUUCAGCUUCACGACUUCCGCGGGCUCGCCGCAUGUGGCGGCUUCUCUUACGGCGAUGUUCUUGGCGCCGGGAAAGGCUGGGCGCAUUCUGUCUUGCUCAACUCGACUGCUCGAGAACAAUUCACGCGCUUCUUCACUCGCGACGAUACCUUCACGCUUGGUGUUUGCAAUGGAUGUCAAUUCCUCAGCCACUUACGGGAUAUCAUCCCUGGAGCUGAAGACUGGCCGGACUUCAAAUCAAACAGGAGCGAGCGAUUCGAGGGACGCGUUGCCGUUGUCGAGAUCGUGGACAACGAAGUUUCUCGAAACUCUGUGUUUUUACGCGACAUGACGGGUUCGAAGAUACCAAUUGCGAUAGCUCAUGGCGAAGGCCGGGUCGCAUUCGGAGAUGCCAGCGGUGCUCAGCGAAAUCGAUUAGAGCAUGGAGGCCUCGUUGGAAUGCGUUACGUCGACCGGAGCGGGAAGCCAACGGAAAUAUACCCGCUGAAUCCAAACGGAAGCCCCGGCGGGAUAACUGCUGUCCAAACGCCCAGUGGACGCGUUUUGGCUCUGAUGCCGCACCCAGAGCGGGUUGUUGCGAUGGAGAGCAACAGCUGGUACUCGUCCGCGGUCAAGCAGGAGUGGGGUAAUGUUGGGCCGUGGUUCCAGCUCUUUGCGAAUGCGCGCAAAUGGUGUCAAUGA